AUGGGAGCUCAUUGUCCUCUCCAGGGAAGGUCUCCAGAAGAAGACUUGCUCAAAGUGGACCUUCUCCAGCCCUUCUUCAUCACAGCAGUGGCCACUCAAGGUGGAGGCAGCUCUGGGGGAUUCGUCGUACGUUAUCGCCUGCUUUAUAGCAACAACGGGGUCCAUUUUUGGAACUACACCAAACCUGGGUAUGGCCCAGUCUCAUCUCUAAAGGCUCAGGUUCUGGAGGGGAAUUCAGACAGCAACACCCCGAGACGGCAGGAGCUCAGCCCGACUCUCCUCGCCCGUUUCCUGCGCUUCGUGCCUGUGGAGUACCACCAAAGCGUUUCCUUGCGCUUGGAGGUGUUUGGCUGCUCCUGGAAGACGGACCGUGCCGUGGGACGGUUGACCUCUGCCAGCCGCAGCCCCGCCCCAGGAAUAAUCCGUACGAGACCCAGUGAAGCCCCAUCUCCUCCUGAGAAGCCCAUUGGCACCCCUGCCCGGUUGCCACCUUCCACCAAACCGGAGACCACGACAGUUUCCCAUACAGGCGUUACGGGGUUGACCCCUUCUCGGCAGUUCCAGAAAACCACCAUGCCAGCUGCUUUAUCCACGGCGAUGCCCGGUAUUCGCUGGUCCACUUCUCGGCCGCUGGUGACUCCUGGAUCAACCAGUGUUUCUGGAGUGCCCACGUGGCAUAUUCUCCCGCACAGCCCUGGAACCCCUGGAUGGAGGCCCACCUUGUCAGUGCCCACUCUCAUGCCCUCUGCUGGGAUGGCGCGGGUCCUUUGCACGCAAGGACAAUUUACCUGCGAGACCUUUGGCUGCGUAGAGGCCGCUUCCGUCUGCGACGGGCAGCCGGACUGCGCCGAUGGCUCGGACGAGGCCCACUGCGCCUCAGUACACCCCAGCGAGGUGGGACGUUGCCUUUCAUCUGGCAAUUGUUGUCCAGCCAAAGAAAUUUGGAUUCAUGGAUUCCAUAUACGGCUUGCAAAUGCUAUCAGCGCUUGGUUGGGGAAGGAAGAGAAGGAAGAGAAGGAGAAGGGGAGUGAGAAGAUGAAUAAGGAGGAGAAGGAGGAAGAGGAGAAGAAGGAGAAUAGUGGAAAAGGAGAAUGA